CCUUUGAAUGAGCCAAUGGCGGCUCCCCGCCGCUGCCCGCCGCUCCCCGCCGCCGCCCGGCAGGCUCUGCUCAUGGAGAACGGCAAGCUGAACCCCAUCAUCCGCGAUGUCUACGCGGCCACUGGCCGUGUCCAGCAAGCGCCAGCCGCUGCCUCCGCGCGGAGGGGCGGCAGCUGCAGGGAGCUCAUGGUCAAGCUGACGGAGGGGCAGUACGUGCUGUGCCGGUGGACCGAUGGGCUCUACUACCUCGGAAAGAUCAAAAGGGUGAGCGGCUCCAAGCAGAGCUGCCUCGUGACAUUUGAGGACAACUCCAAGUACUGGGUCCUCUGGAAGGACAUCCAGCAUGCCGGCGUCCCUGGGGAGGAGCCCAAGUGCAACGUCUGCCUGGGGAAGACGUCGGGGCCCAGGAACGAAAUCCUCAUCUGCGGGAAGUGUGGGCUGGGUUAUCACCAGCAGUGCCACGUCCCGGUGGCAAGCGGCGGCGAGGGCCCGCUGGGGACGCCGUGGUUCUGUCGCCGCUGCAUAUUUGCCCUGGCCGUGCGGAAGGGGGGUGCCCUGAAGAAGGGAGCCAUCGCCAAGACGCUGCAAGCCGUCAAGAUGGUGCUGUCCUACAACCCCGACCUGCUGGAGUGGGACUCCCCGCACCGGACCAACCAGCAGCAGUGCUACUGCUACUGCGGGGGCCCCGGCGAGUGGUACCUGAAGAUGCUGCAGUGCUACCGCUGCCGACAGUGGUUCCACGAAGCCUGCACCCAGUGCCUCAGCGACCCCAUGAUGUUCGGAGACCGGUUCUAUGUGUUUUUCUGCUCCGUGUGCAACCAGGGACCUGAAUACAUCAAGCGCCUGCCCUUGAGAUGGGUGGACGUCGUCCAUCUCGCCCUCUACAACCUGGGCGUGCAGAGCAAGAAGAAGUACUUCGACUUCGAGGAGAUCCUGGCCUUCGUGAACCACCACUGGGACCCUCUGCAGCUUGGAAAGCUCACCGGCACCCCCGUGUCCGAGCGAGGCCCCCACCUGCUCAACGCCCUCAACAGCUACAAGAGCAGGUUUCUCUGUGGGAAAGAAAUCAAAAAGAAGAAAUGCAUCUUUCGCCUGCGAAUCCGCGUCCCGCCGAACCCCCCCAGCAAGGUGCUGCCAGAGAAAGCCCCGGGGGCGGGCGAGAGCGGCUCCUGCGAGCUGAAGAAGAGAGGAAAGGGCAAAUACGUCCACAAAGAGAGCUUGCUGCCGCGGCAGCUCCAGCAGCAGAAGCGGCGAGCGGCGCGGCGGAAGCGGGCUAAGUUCCUGCUGGAGGACGCCAUCCCCAGUAGCGACUUCACCUCCGCCUGGAGCACAAACCAUCACCUGGCCAGCAUCUUUGACUUCACACUGGAUGAAAUUCAGAGCCUGAAGAGCGCCAGCUCGGGACAGACCUUCCUUUCGGACGUGGACUCCACAGACGCCGCCAGCACCUCAGGCUCGGCCACCACCAGCCUCUCCUACGAGUCCAGCCGGAGGACAGUGGGCAGCCGCAAGCGGAAGCUGGCCGUGCCGGCCUACACCUCGGCAGGGGCGAAGCGUCGAGGCGGGGAGGCGGGCGGGCGCCCAGCCGGGGGCACCCCCGAGGGCAGCGAGGUGGCCUGCGGCCCCGAGCGACCGGACGAUGGCAUCGACAGCCACACCUUCGAGAGCAUCAGCGAGGACGACUCCUCGCUCUCGCACCUCAAGUCGUCCAUCAGCAGCUACUUCGGGGCGGCGGGCCGGCUGGUCUGCGGCGAGAAGUACCAGGUGCUGGCGCGGCGGGUGACGCUGGAGGGCAAGGUCCAGUACCUGGUGGAAUGGGAAGGCACGACCCCCUACUGAGCCCCCUGGCCCAGAUUCCUCUCCCGGACCAAACGUUGGAAGUCUGGGGCAUGGUGAAGCCCCUGGUGCGUUGCAGAGGAAGAGGCACUGGCACCACCAUGGCCGGGGUGGGCUCAGAGCCCCCUGUGUUUGGGGUCCUGGCUGCCCGGAGCCAUGAGGGGUGCAGGCAGCAUCCAAACCUGCACUGCUGUGGGGUGAAACCUGCAGCCUUUCUAUUGUAUUUCAUUGACAAUUGUUACUUUAUUGGCUGUGUAUACGCAAAGAGAGACGCUUUCCUGCUUCAGCCUCUGGCCAAGCCAGAGGCACCGCCGCAGCGGCGGGGGAGCAGUGAGCGGCUCUGGUCUUUCCUGGAGGGUCCCCGGGGUGCUGCCCCUUGGCUGUCUGUCAUGCAGGCAGGCUUCUUGGGAUCUCCUGGUGCACUCCAGUGUCACCACAUCCACGCCUUAAACAGCAGCCUCGAGGGGGUCUGGGUGCCAAGCACCUCUGCUGUCACGCCGAGGAGCCCGACGGCCUGGCCCUGUGCCCCCAGGAAAUGGUGGGUGACUCUCGUGGCAGCUGUUGCAUGGGGUUUUCCUUCUCAUCCCGAAUCCAUUUGUUCGAGGAAUGCGGUUUGUUCUAAGCGAGGGGAAGGUGCCCUGUGAACAGCCCACAUGCAGCGCUUUCGCGGACAUGCGUGGCGGCCCUCAUCCUGCGGCUUGCACCGUGUGCGGUGCUGUGGCCGCUUCGUUUCCCUGGCCUGACAAUCAUGUCUUGGAACUGAUCAGCCAAAACACAUGCUCUUGCCUUAAACCACAGCGGGCACCGCCCGGACUGGAGCCAGAGGCCUUUAUUCUUGCAGGAAACCCUGUCCUGCAGGUGCCAAACCAGCAGACAAACCAAAAAGGCAGAAGAGAAGAGAAGAGAAGAGGGGGGGAGACAGCACUGGGGCGUUCCCCCGCUGCCCCCAUUCCCGGGGAGGGCACACACAGGCUGUGCCUCGCUCGCUGUUACUCGUGCGGGGUCGGUUCUUGCAACGUGGUUUCUCUUCUGACAGAGAACCAGCACCCCCUUCUUGUCUAAAGCAAUACUGUCAUGUUCAGGAGCAAACAGUUGUCUUUUUAAAAAAAAAUCUAAUAUCAGACAUACCUGUUAGAUUUUUUUUCUAAGAUAUUUUUAUGUGUAUUUAAUGUUGCUCUCCUCUCUCCCCUACCACCACUGUGGCUGCCCCACGGUGCGGGUGAGCGGUGUGGUCCUGCUCUGUCCGCAUGCCCUGUCCCUGUAGCAUCAGUGUUUGUACAUGUGCUUUUGUGAUCUACCAGCCGGAGGAUGAAUUGAAAAGGUUGUUUUAUUGAAGAAGUACCUAAACUGCUCACCACGUGGCUGGGUGGUGCACUGUAAAGACGCAGAGUGAGGUGAGGCAUGGGGCGCAAGGUGUCUUGCUGCCUCCCCUCCAGUAAAGGCAAAAAUCCACCGGCGUGACCAGCACUAGAGAGCAGGUGAUAUUUGCAAACCGGAGGCCAAAGCAUAGUCCUGGAAAAAUAAACUGCUGCUUCAGCUACUGCCACAGCAAGGUGGUGCAGGAGGCUGGCGGUUGGAUGGGGAGGUGCCCGCAUGGCUCAGGCCAGGCAUGAGCUGCUUCAGCUGCUGUGCUGUGAGCCUGAAUACUGGGCACAACAAGUAAAAGCCUUUUAAUUCCCUUCUGAUGAGUUACCCAGUGGUCUGCUUGGUGGAGAUGCUGCUGGCUGCUGGUGCAGCGUAUGGCUGGGACACGAGGCUCUGCCCAGCUCCAGCCACAGAAUGGUUUGAGCCAAGCAGGGUCAGGCGAGCUUGGGGAGAGGCUGCUGGCACCAUCGAGGUCUGCACCCCAGCUUGCUGGGCUGGGACGGGCCUCUGGGGAGCCCCUUGUCUUGAGAGGCAUCGCUGGCAGGCCCCCCAUGCCUGGCAGGGAUGGGUGCAGCUCAGCCGGGUCCCUCCCCAUCCUGCCAGCGUUGGUUGCCGGAGGAGCGCUAGCAGUAUUUCCCUUUCAUGAGUGCCUAUGAAGCCUUAUUAUUGUCUGAGUUGCUGCCCUGGGGAGGGGCUGGGGGCUGCCAAGAGCCAUUCUGGGGCCAAGCAGGUUUAUUCCCAUGGGAUGUGCCAAGGGGACAUCGUGCACAUGGGUGCACCCAUGCUGUGGUGGCCCCAGCUCAGCAGCUCCUCUCCCUCUCUCCCUCUCCUCUCGCAGAGAACUGAAUGUGGAGCCUUUAAAAAUAUUUUUGUUCCAGAAUAUAUUUUGCAUUAGUUGUAAUAGAUAUUAUAAUGACUCUGUGCACCUUCUAAAGAUUUAUGAUUUCAGGUUGCUGCUUGUAAUAACCAACUCUUGUUAUAUCCAAGUUGUAAUUAAUAUGUCUGAUGUACAAUUAAAAAGUCUUUUUUGUAACGUCA